ACACGACUACACGACACACGACACCGCCCAUCCUCUGUUAUUGUUUUGAGCGAUCCCUAUUCAUUUUGAGUGGAAUUGGGAAAUAGGCCUAGAUCUAGUCUUGGCCUUUGUUUGGCUGACUGCUGACUUUGGAGGGAGGCUCAGUAAACAAGUUCCGGGUACGUUCAUACCCACUGCUGCUAUCAACAUUGUGAUUGCCUUAUAUUUGUGCUUUCUACUUGAUCUCCACGAGACAUAGAAUCUAGACUAGAUCUAGAUCUAGAUAAUCUAGAUCUAAAAUCUAGUCUAGAUUCUAGAUCUAUUGAAAUUGAAGGCCUGAUCCAAUUGAAAUCACCGAAGUCAAGAGUCAAGCCCCAAGUGGACCCAUCAUACAAGUCAAGAGAAGGAAUAGCCAGCAAAUUGGUUGGAGCACUGUCCUUGAGCAUGGCACAACAAUCAGGACCGCCUGCCUACAACAUGGCCCAGAACUACCCUGCAAGCUAUGAUCAGACCCAGGAUCCUUACAAGAAUGCUGCUGCUGGUGCAUAUGGACCACCACCGCCUCAAUCAGGGUUUGCCCCACUCCCUCAAUCAGGGUAUGCCCCACCGCCUCAAUCAGGGUAUGCCCCGCCCCCUCAGCCUGGAUAUGCCCCGUCCCAUCAGUAUGGGGGUUACGGGCGGGUGAGCCCACAAGCAUAUGGCAGCCCUGGCACAGGAUACAGUAACCCGACGGCGUACGAUGCCCGUGGCAGUGACAAUUCCGAGCCCGCUGUGCCCAAGGCUACCGAUGACAGCGGCAUGUUCAGUGCGGCGUUCUCCGACAAGGCCAUUCGCAGAGGCUUCAUUAAGAAAGUUUACUUGAUCCUUUUCUCCCAGCUGCUGGUCACCUUUGGCAUUAUCUGCCUCUUCAUUUUCGUAGAACCAGUGAAGAACUGGGUACAGAAUGAUGGCUUGUGGUUCUACAUUUGUGCUUACGCCACUUUCCUUGUGCUCUACAUCGCCCUCGUCUGCUGUCCAUCUGUCAGAAAGAAGUAUCCUGGUAAUUUCAUCUGUCUGGGAAUUUUUACACUGGCGUUCUCCUACCUGACAGCCACCAUCAGCAGUUUCCAUGACACAGGCAUCGUUUUGAUGGCAGCAGGCAUCACAGCAGCUGUGUGUUUGGCCAUCUCCAUUUUCGCCAUGCAGACCAAGAUUGACUUUACCAUGUGCAGUGGUCUUCUGUUUGUUCUGGUCAUGGUUUUCUUCUUCUUCGGCUGGGCUUGUCUCAUCACAAACCUUACCUGGGGAACCAGCCAUUUUCUGAUCUACGACACACAGCAGGUGAUGGGUGGCCGCAAGUACGAACUGUCCCCUGAGGAGUACAUCUAUGGCGCCCUCCAGCUGUACAUUGACGUCGUCUACAUCUUCAUCAUCAUCCUGGGCUUCAUGGGCAAGAGCAACUAGACGGCUGCAUUCACCGCUCAGCACUGAGGUUGAGAAGAUUGGAGCAGAAGUUUUUGGAGGUUUGGAGGUCGAAAAUCAUCUCCUUAUCUACCAAAGCUCUCUUUGUACUAAAGUAGAGUGGUGGCAAAAAAUCAAAUCUUGUUCUUGUAACCCAAAUCUGAGGCCUUUAUUUCUGUCACUCCAACACCCGGACCCCACCCCCUCUUCAACUAUUUCCCCAUGUGUCAACUUGCUUGUUAUAGGAAAGGAAACACCUAGGUUGGCCUCAUGAGUCUAUUUUACCUGCAUGAUUUUCUUUUUUUUAAACAUAUAUAUAUAUGUAUAUAUAAAUUUGUGAUAUUUUGGCCACUCGCCUUUUCAUUUUGUUUGUAAAUGAAAGAUGCACAAGAGGAGUUCUCCUGGAUUAUUUUCUGUUGUUUUCUUAAAGAUUUUUCUCUUUGCCUUUUUCUUAUUUUUACAAUGCGCUUUUGUGAACUUAAUUGUGAAAAGAGGCACAUCUGGGUAGGUGGGGGAAUUGUUUUUCAUAGGGGUUUUUUUACUGAAAUCUCCUGUCCAUAUUUCUCCACCUAAUUGCUUUUUUUGCGUGUAAAAUUACUUGGCGGAAAUUUGGAAGCUUUAUUACUGUUAAGGAUUUGCUGCAAACAAGAGUGGAAUAGAGGUUACAAAAUGCAGCAACAAUGUGUUGUAGAACGAACACUUUCUCUCAGUGCUGACAGAUAUCACCUUGAACUUUAACCCCAGUACGAUCACAGAACCAUGAAGGGUCAGGGUUGUGAUGAGUGCAACAUCUGCUCAUCCCUGUCCAGUCUGAGAGAGUAGGAGUGUGGGUGGGUGGGUGGGUGGAGAGCACCACUAGUAGCUCACACUGUUCCCCCUUAUAAUAUUGUCCCUCUGUGUUUCUGAAUGUCUGCCUUGCCUUUUCGCCACUUGCUGUCUAUGUGCUUCUUUGAGUCCCAGCUCUGAGAGCUGCUGGUGGAGAUCAAUGGUGGUUCUGAUGGGUUCAGCGUCUCUGCACUUUUCCCAGUCAGAACCUGUGCACAAAGGAUUGUACAGAAGCUUUUGUCAAGUGCUCUUAAGCAUGUGGGCUAUCCAUGCCACACACACACUCACACCUGAUCUGGUGGACACUCACGCAUGCACAAAAAUCAUAGGGUGAUUGUUUCUGUCAAAUAUGGUAUGAUUAUUUUGUCAAAACAUGGGAUGAUUAUUUUAUUGAGUAGUAUGCCAGUUGUUUUUUAGAACCAUCUGAUGUCUAUUCUGUAAAACCAGGGAAUGAUUACUUUAUUGAACCAGAAGUUGUUUGUUUUGUUGGACUAUUUGAUGAUUGUUUUGUCAAACACCAAAAGAUUGUUUUUAAAUUAACCCUGAGAUGAUUUGCCAUGCUUAUAUGGAGGGUCCAUAAAUGUCAUGUCCUUUUUGCUGUUGUGGAAUAUUUACAUUUUUAUUUGAUAACCAAUAUUUUACUUUUUGGCCUGUGAAACUUGGUUUGUGUCUGAGAUUCCCUGAACGUUUCCAGAUUUAGCUCUGCAGCUUCCUUUUUGGGUUGUUGUUUAAAAGGGAAAGGAAUUUUGUAGAGAUUUGAACUCCUGGUUUUAAGAUAACCUUUUUAAAAAUGUUUUCAGUUGCUUGGUGUGGAGCCAGCAAGGCGAUGGGGCACAACAUUUAUAGUCUCUAAGCCUAGUCUGGUAGGACGCUUACACUCUCUGAAUUUAUGUAAACUUAAUUAAGAAGCCAAGGCCUAAGGUUUAGCUGUGGGGGUGGGGGAAGUGUUGUCUGUGAUGAAGCUGUUUUUGAACCACUUUUUGAUGUUGCUGUUUGUUUCCCAUGAACAUUAACCCAAUUCGCCCUGCGUUGCCGCAGCAGUGCACUUGUGUCUACAUGGCUUGCCACGAGCGGGGGGUGGGGGGAAUCGGUCUGAACUCGACGCACUAACCUUCGACACACAUUGUGCCCAAACUAUUUAAACCAUCAAUAUGAAAUUUCACUUAGAUUUUACUUAAAAUGUUCUUUUAAUAUUAUUAGAGAGAAAGAUGAAGGAAAGAGCAGAGAAAACAAUAUAUUCUUUGCCCAACUGCAACUCAUCAGCUCUCGAUUUAGCCAUAGCAACUUAUAGUAAAUCUAUGGUCUAGAUCUAGCUUUUCUUUGAAGUUUUCAAGGCACUAAAAUGAAUCUGAUCGCCUUGUUUUUCUAGAUUUACAUCUACUUUCACUUUCUUUGCAAAACUAAAAACAAGGUAGGUUAACGUAUUUUAACAAACACAAAAAUAGCCGUGGUACUAGUGACAUUUGUAGCUGUUUUUUUCAUCUUCUCGUCCGUGAAGAUUUUAGUGCUCACUUUCUCGCCAUGAUUUGCGGUGACAAAACAACAAAACUAACUCGUACUGGGAGAAAAACUGGAUCGAAACAAGCCAGCAAAAGUUUUUACAAGCUACAAGCGACCUAUUAUUUUCAAUAGAAACCUGGAUAAGCGGCUCGGACUCAAUUUUGUGGACUGGUAUUUUGCUACAACUAUGUGGACGGAAGCCCGCAGAAGCUACGAAGGUACUCGUAUCUCGGGUGCAAUGGGUUAAUGAUUUUAUGUCUAUUUAUUCUUUUGAUAUGUCCUUUAUGGGAAAUUAUUUUUACCCUGUUUAGGAACAUCUAAAUUCAGUGGUAGAGGAGUGGACUCGCUUUAACAAAAUUGCAAGUUGGAUUUUUGGCUCUGCUGGGUAGAACAUUGUAUCCCAGGAAAAGUGCUUUUCUUUGGUUGAUCCUACUGUAUAUAAUGAUAAGGGUACUUUGCAAUAUGUAGAGAAGGGAUGUGGGAUUGAUAGGCUUGAGCCUGACAGGCUGCAUGUGCUUCAUGUCCUUAUGUGGGGACCGAGUUGAUGAACUGGCCAGUCGAGGGAGUUAUAGCGUGCUCUCUGUUGGAUGGAAAGAGAUUGAAUUUGACAAUAAAUACUAAUGUUUUAGGCUUUUUUUAUGUACGUAUUUCCAUAUUGUUACACUCGACAUGACAAUGUCCAUCUUGGCCAAAAUGGUUUAUGAAAUGCUUGACAAAUUGUUUCCUGACGUUAUGCCUUGAAUAUUUAAAAAGAAAAUAUAUACAUUACAUAUAUGCUAUUGUAACCUUUUCAAGAUGUUGUUGACUUGUGUUUUCUUUUUUUUUGCUCUCCUGAUCAGUAAUGUAAACUGUUUGGCUCUAUCUAAUGUUAUACUAUUGUCAUGGAUUUAACAUGAUGUUCUUUUGCCAAAUUAG